GAAUUAUCCCAUGUCGGUGUACCUUCGUAGGAACACUUUUUGUGGUGUCAAUCUACUUCUCUUACUAGUUUACCUUUUACAUACAUAGUGUGUGCGAUUAGUUCUGAUCCAAUAUGCUUGGGUUUGUCGAUAGCAUUUUUGAAAAUGACCAAUAUGUAAAUAUCAGUCUCAAGCUAUUUUACUUUGGUUUCAAUUGUCAAAGUCUGUGUGAAAUGCAACCAGGAUCAAUAUUUGUACUAAUCACCUUUAGUUUCGUUAAUGGUUGGCCAUAUUUGGAACUGACAAAACAACUCUUUUAUUAAUACAAUAUGGAAAAAG